AUGCAGGACAUUAUGCCAGCACUCCUCUCCCAGAGAAACCACAGCCUGUUCCGAACUCUUCCGCAGCCCCAGGGAAGCUCAGGAAGGACGAGAGCAGGUACUAGCGGUGCCACCUUCGGUUCUGGCCCCGCGGGAGCCCUUCCUCUGCCAGCGCGGCCGGGCGGCUUCCCAGCCCGAAAACGCUCGCCCUGCUGCAGGCAGGGACGAAGGGAUUGCCCGCAAACCCCGCGGACUCCAAGCGGCCGCCAACGGCGAGCAAGCCCCCCCCCGCCCCGCCCCGCCCGGCCCGCCCAAGCCGCGGGGGAAGCCGACGAACCCUGGGCUGAUGCAGCCCCCGCUCUGGGGAGCACGCCCGAGGAAGGCACCUACCUCGGGCAGGGCAGGGCGCCGCGGGCGGCACCGGGCACCCGCCUGGCCCGGGCGGCAGCAACCUGCGGCGGGAGGAGAGGAGGAGCCCAGGGGCCGGGAGGAGCCCAGGGGCCGGAGCGGAGCCGGAGCGGAGCCGGAGGAGCCGAACGCCCCGCGGGGUCCGGGCCGGGGCGGCUGGGGACGCGCCCCGACCCCGCUGCCGCCCCCACGGGGCCGCGGCGCGGCGAAGGCGGUGAGGGCGGCGAGGACGGUGAGAUCGCAGGUAGACCCAAGAGUAAAAAGACCAAGAGGAGGUCAGGAUCCAGGCACGCGGCAGCAGCAGGUACCCUGUCCCACCACAGACUCCCACUGUGCAAGGGCAUCUCUGGGCAACAGAUGAAGAUGUGCACCUGGUGACAGAUCAGAGCUGGGAAGCAGAAGUGGAAUUCCUAGGUGCAGCAGAGUUCACUGCAGAGAAGAGGCAGCGGUGGGCCAUGCCUGCACCGAAACAUGCCAAGCAGAAACUCGGGGAAGAGAAGCGGGCUCACCAAGGCACCCGUCAUGCGGAACAGCCACCUCCAGCUUUCCCCAGCUGGUGACACAGGAGAACCACGGUAGAUCUCUGGUGCCUUCUAAUGGAGAAGAGGCAAGGCUGAUCCCUCUCCUCCGAGAGGCUCCUGCGACUAAUCAAACGCUCUGUGUGCCUCCCCCCGCACACGGAAAUCCUUCCUUCCCACCCCAGCCCCUGUGCACAGGACAACCCCCCCCCAGGCUCUGCAAAGAGCAGAGGGAGCAAAGCACCUAAUUGCUGCCACUGAAUU